AAGUAAGAGAAGGGCGUUGUUGGUAAUCGCGAACUUUUACAUUAAGUGUCGAGUAUGUAUAUAUUGUAUUAGUAUACAUAUCGUAUUAUAAGGAGGGAUACGUUUUCUAGAUCGAACGCAAACGAUUGUCUUGCAAUACGUUAUCUACUGACUACUCCCCAACAACUUCUCCAGUUCUUGUUUAGUUCUUAUACAACUAUACGACAUUCAAUUCUUUGGAGUCAGUGAAACUCGGCACGUAGUGUUGAACACAUAUAUUUACUUUUUUUUAGUGCUACGGUAUUUGAUUUGUUGUUCAGAUUGUUUAAUUGACCAUACGAGAAGACGGAAAUUUUAAUUUUUAUUCAUAAGUAAACUCUCUAACAAUGAGACAACUCAAAUUAUUGAUCCUACUAAUAGGAUCAUUUGGAAUAGUGAAAAUAAACGCAGAAAUACUUGAGACAAUCGCACAAUGGCCAUUAUUGGAUUACGCGUUGCCAUAUGAUAGAGAGUUUUUAAACAAAUUUCGUCCGGAAAAUGUCGUACCAACAGGAUUCGAAAUAACAGAGCACAGAAUAUUUAUUGCCACUCCUCGAUUACGAGCGGGUGUUCCAGCAACAUUAAGCGUGAUUCCUCGUGAUUUACCACUUGGUAGCAGUCCACAGCUAGAAGCCUAUCCCUCGUGGGAUUGGCAUAGAGCUGGUAAAGGCGAUUUAAACUGUUCAGGUCUUAUAUCUGUUUAUAGAAUUCGAAUUGAUAAGUGCAACAGAUUAUGGGUACUUGACAGUGGUAUUAAUACAUCUAUUGAUGACUUUCAAGUUGCAUGCCAGCCUAAACUUCUUGUUUUCGAUCUUCAAACAGAUCAACUUAUUCGUCAAGUUAUAUUUCCACGUGAGGUUUUACGACCAGAUACACUUCUUACUAAUUUAGUUAUUGACGACACUGCAGCUCGUACUUGCGAUGAUGUCUUUGUUUACAUGACCGAUACUGUUGGCCCUGGACUCGUUGUUUUUGACGGAACUGCCGACAGGAGCUGGCGAUUCGUUCAUGCUUCAAUGCUUCCAGAUCCAAAUUAUUCCACUUAUCGGAUUGGAUCUGAUACAUUUGAGCUGUUUGACGGAGUAGUUGGUUUGACAUUUUCACCAAAAGAAAAUUUAGUCUACUUCCAACCUUUGGCAACUGACCGUAUUUUCAGUGUAUCAUCAUUAGUAUUAAAAGCUGGCCCUCUACCAUUCGGACAACAACUUCCGGUGACAGUAGUGGGCAGAAAAUCCAGUCAAGGAUUAGCAUUGGCCGUUAAUCAACGCGAUAAUUCACUCAUCUUUUCUCCUUUUACCGAAACAGCAGUUGCCACUUGGAACCCUAAAAUUAAUAAACAACGUGUUCUUGCAUUCAGUCCAGAAAAAUUACAAUUUGUUGCCGAACUUAUGUGGUUUGAACGUGACAACGGCAACAUAUGGAUUUUAUCUUCAAGAUUUCAAAAAUACUAUAACCAGAAUAUUGAUCCACGAGAUAUUAAUCCUCGACUUUUGAGAAUACGAUCAAAAUCUUCUCUAUUAGUGCCACCAAGUAUUUAUCACUAUGAUAAUCCAAAUUUCCCUCUUAAUAUUUACAACAAUACUUUAACUCAUUCAUUUUUAAAAUGAAUUUGAAUUUUUAGAUAAUUAGUUUAGAAUAAUAUUUAAUCAGUAAGAUACAAAUUACAUUUAUAUAUUGCUACAUUACAGCAAAAAAAAAAUACUCAAUAAUUUGCAUUUAUAGUGUAAAUAUAUAUAACAUUACGACUGCCUGAUUUCGUAAUCCAGUGAGAACCAGUUCUUAGUUACUUCCACUCUGAGUAAUAAAAAACAAAGGGUAUUUACUAGGAUUAAAAAUAGUAUAUUGUAUAACGACGGAUAAAACAAAUCGAUUUUAGAAGAAGGUUAAGUUCAUUGAAGUGAUUUGUACCCUUGCCGAAAGGGAGAGUCGGCAUGACACGAAGUUUAAAAUCGUAUAUUUUUAUCAUAUCUGCAUCGAAAGUUUAAAUUCCUGCGUUAUUUCGCGGGAAGAAUUGUAUAUUUUUCUCAUAUGAGAAAAUAACGCAUGCGCCAUUAGCUUCGCAGAGGCGAAAAUUUAAACUGUAAGAAAUUAAUAUCUGGUGAAAAAUAGUCUGCACACCACAGAGUGUCCUACUUUCUUCCCUUAGUGUAUAAUCUACUAAUUUCACUACAUCGCGAAAAAAUUUCAAAUUUCUAUUCUGUGGAGUAGAAAGAAAGUUGAGUUUUUCUCUUAUAAAAAACAAAUUAAAUAAAUACGCAUACAGAAAUAAAAUCAUGGUAAUUUUCACCAUAUCUGCAUAGAAGGUUAAAUUUAUUGGUUAAUAUAUACAAUCAAUUUUAAAAUGACUACUGUAAGCAUUGUUUAUUGUUACAUUUUUUCGGCUAAUGACUUUUAUAUCAAUUCGAAAACUCAAGUUUCUGGUAUUUUGUACUGCACAGUAUGAGAAUAAGUCCCGUGCUAUUUAGGUUAUACUUCUAUUUAUCAGGUCAGGGCUAUAGUUGAGUCUGCAAAAGAACGGGCUUUUCUCCCACUACAUAGCUAUGAUGACGUCCAUGACUCUGCACUAACGCGCGUGCGCAGUAAUGACUUAAUUGUAGAAAAAUGGUGGGAGAAAAGCCCACUCUUUUGCAGACUCAACUAUACUAAUUUUUUAAUAGUGAUUAUAGUGCCAUCUAUAGAAAAUUUUUGUUACUGCAGUACGGGACUGAUAAUCAGAUAUACUCAAGCAAGAAUUAAAAUUCGAAAUUCCCAUUGCAGAUCUGGUGAAAAAUCCCGGGUCAAAAGAAAUAAAUUAAAUUUGACUUUUUUGACUAAAAUGGAUACUAAGUAAGUCAAGUUAGCCAAAAGCAAAUCAAAAUUAAACGUAUUCUUCAUUCAGUUUUGAUUGGCUUUUGGUUAAAUUGACUUACUACACAUCGAAGUACCCGCUACUACAAUGUUUUACUACAAUAUUGAGGUUAGGGAAGCCAGAGUUUUUUUCCGUGGCACAUUGUAUAUAAUUUUUCUUACCCGAGGUUCCAAUUCAUAGAUGUCGCAGUUGCACUCAUGGAAUGAAAUGUCCUAUAUUUGCCCUAGACAUACAAUAUACUAUAUCAGUAUUGUUUUAACCAACUAAAUAGGCAUUGACAUAUACAAAAUAAAUCAUAUUUUAAAAAUUUGGCUCUUACUGAUUAUCGAAAUUAGGCAACCGACUAGGCUACAAUGAACUUAUAUAUAUUAUAAAAGCUUUUUUACAUAUUUUAUAAAAUAUCGCCACUUGUUAAACAAAAAACCAAUAAAAUUUUAAUAUUAUUUUUUUAAUUACA